CAUGCGAAAACCUGUUUUGCCUUCUCUUCUAACUUCAAUUUGUAUCCUAAGCAGAGCACAAUUACAAGCAAUGGCCAACCUUACUUUUUUCCAAAUCAUUCUUCUUCUUCUUCUUCUCUUCUGUGAAGACUCAAUAGCUCAACUUAAUAGGAUAACUCAACUCCAAUCUCUCAACGAUGAUGGUAAAACGCUGGUGUCUAAAGAGGAAAGGUUUGAGCUUGGCUUCUUCAGUCCAGGAAAAUCCAAGAAUCGUUAUCUGGGAAUUUGGUACAAGAACAUCCCAAUAUCUGACACUACGGUUUGGGUUGCAAAUAGAUGCAAUCCCAUCAACAGUUCAUCUGGCAAGCUGGCUGUAAACGACGAUGGCAAUAUUGAGCUUUCUGGUGUGAAGGGAAGUGUCAUUUUGUCGAUGAACUUAACGAAAGUGGCCAAGAAACCCAAAAUAGAGCUUCUAGAUUCUGGGAAUCUUGUUGUAACAGAGGAGGAAGACUCAAACUCAGAAAAUUAUUUGUGGCAAAGCUUUGACUAUCCUACAGAUACUUUGUUACCGGGCAUGAGAUUGGGAUGGGACAUGAAGACCGGUAUGAAGUGGCAACUAAUUGCAUGGAGGAACCCUGAUGACCCUUGUAAUGGAGAAUUAGCUUUGGAGAUUGGUAGGGGUGAUAAGAAUAACAAUGACUCCCCAGAAUUAGUGUUUCAUAAGAAUAACGCGGUGUUUUUUCAAUCUGGGCCAUGGAAUGGCCUAUAUUUCAGUGGUAUCCCUUAUUUUCAGUCUAAUUCGCUUUUUAAUUUCUCUGUGAUGGACAGAGAUUUGGAAGUUUAUUUCACUUACAACCUCAAGAAUAGAUCAACGAUAUCAAGCAUAGUGUUGAAUGCAGCGAAAAGCACUUUGGCCCAUUUGACAUGGAUUGAAAGUGAGCAAAUAUGGGGGUCUAAUUUCUCAAUUCCUUCUGAUGCAUGUGACAUUUACAAUGUGUGCGGAGCUAAUGCGAAUUGCGUCAUAUCUAAAGUUCCAAUAUGCGAAUGCCUGAUGGGUUUCAACCCCAAGAAUGUGGAAGAAUGGGAUAGAAUGGAUUGGUCUAAUGGAUGUGUAAGAUCUAUAUCAAUAGAUUGCAACGCGAAUAGGGUAGAUGGGUUUAUGAAAUUAUCUGGUUUGAAGCUGCCAGAUACUAGAAAUUCAUGGGUGGACAAAGAUACAAGUUUAAGGGAAUGCGAGGGUAGGUGCUUCAGCAACUGUUCUUGUACGGCUUAUUCGAAUUUGGAUAUCCGAGGAGAAGGUAGUGGCUGUGUUAAUUGGUUUGGUGAUAUAAUUGGUAUUAGACAAAAUAUAGGUGGUAGUGUUGGUGGACCUGACCUUUAUGUUCGUACUGCGGAUUCAGAGCUAGCAGUUGACCAAACAGAAGGAAGAGAAGGAGAGGAGGGUCGUAACAGAACAGUCUUGAUUGUUUCACUAGUUAUUGGAGGAAGUGUUUUUGGAAUUGUAUUCCUUUUCCUUGGCUGCUGUUGCAUUUGCUGGAGAAAAAACUUAAAAGAAAAAAAUGAAACAAUUAGGCAGAAUGAAAGCCAUGAGGAACUGGAUCUUCCUUUGUUCACCUUUUCUCAAAUAUCCACUGCUACUGAUAAUUUUUCGGUGAGAAAUAAGCUUGGAGAAGGUGGAUUUGGACCUGUAUACAAAGGUGAGUUAGAAGACGGGCAACAAAUUGCAGUGAAAAGGCUUUCAAUACGUUCUAAACAAGGGGUUAAUGAGUUCAACAAUGAAGUAAAGCUAAUUGCCAAGCUUCAACAUCGAAAUCUUGUAAAGCUUAUAGGUUGCUCCAUUGAGAGAGAGGAGAAAUUGUUGAUCUACGAAUACAUGCCCAACAAAAGUCUUGAUCUUUUCAUUUUUGAUCAAACACGAGGUAUUCUAUUAGAAUGGCCAAAGCGAUACCAAAUUUUAUGUGGAAUUGCUCGAGGACUUCUUUAUCUCCAUCAUGAUUCCAGAUUAAGAAUUGUUCAUAGAGAUCUCAAAACAAGUAAUGUGUUACUUGAUGAUGGAAUGAAUCCCAAAAUCUCAGACUUUGGUAUGGCUAGAACUUUUGGAGGAGAUCAAACAGAGGGAAACACAAACAAAGUAGUAGGAACUUUUGGUUAUAUGGCGCCAGAAUAUGCUUUUAGUGGCCAAUUUUCGACAAAGUCUGACGUUUUUAGUUUUGGUGUAAUGGUGUUGGAGAUUGUAAGCGGCAAGAAAUGCAAAUCCUUUAAGCACGAAAGCCACAACCAUACUCUAAUUGGACAUGCAUGGACUUUGCUAAAAGAAGAAAGGCCCUUUGAUUUGAUCGAUGUGUUGUUAAGGGACUCGUGUGAAAAUCGUGAUAAAGUGGUGCGUUGCAUCCAUGUUGGUCUCUUAUGUGUGCAACAAAAUCUUUUGGAUAGACCUAGCAUGCCGUCUGUCGUUUUUAUGUUGGAAAAUGAUAAUGUAAUAUUGCGUCAGCCCAAUCCACCAGGCUACUUCAUGGACUCAAAUUUGCAAGCAAGAGAUGAGCUUUCCUUUACUAAGCCUGAGUCAGCAUAUUCCUCACCAAACACCCUGACCAUAACAGCAAUCAUGGGUCGAUAGGUCUAUAAAGUUGGGACCAUGUUGAAACCCCUAAUAUUUUAUCUGGUAAUUCAAGAACCAAGUGAAGAGCGGGGCUCACUAGUGAUCAUUUUUGCAUUUGUUAGUUUAUAAAGCAAACAAAACAAUCGCCUCUUUUCUUUGUCAGUUUGAAUACCAUCAUUGUAAUACAGUAAAUUUUGAUAAUCCUCAAAUACAUUAUCCCGCCCAUCCAUAUGAAUGUACAAGGAAAACACAACUUUCAGCAGCAAAAGUCCCUCUUGUUACAACAAUCUACCAUAUGUGUAGUAAUUAUAUAUGUAGGUAUUUCUCAUUCUUUCAUGUACUUCUUAAAUAACUUUUAUAAGAAUAAUAUGUUUAUACACUGGUUCUUUGAA